AUGGCCUGUGCGCAAACCAUGUCUCUUUUGGUUGAAGACGAGGAGACCGGCCACGCUGACAAGGAAGGUCAAAUCAGCGGGGCGCGUGUUCGGAAGGUGGUGCCAGCGCCCUGGUGUCGCAACCCGUUGGUCGAGAUUCUGGUGAUUUACAACGCCGACUCGACACUCGUGGGAGAGGUUCGAUAUUUUUUGCAAAAGGUGCUAUUUCAUAACUACUGCGCUGCUUGUGUGCUGACGCACGGACGGCGUAGCGAGAAGCCCGAGUGGGUCGCGCUCAAGUCCGGGCAGCACGACUGGGGUUCCAGGGUUCGCCUCCGGAACGUCCACCGAGACGAGAUAGGACCAGAGGCCCGAAAGGUCGCCGGCAAACAUCUGCCUUGUGUGCUGGGACGACUGGAGAACGGGUCGUACUUGUUGCUGCUCACGCGCGAGGAGCUCGAGCUCUGUAACGGCCACGUGGGCGGGUUCCGGGAGCGCCUCAGCGAAACCCUGGUCCGGCACGGUCUCUUUGUCUGGCUGGAUGGCACUACAGGGGACGCGACCUUAACCAAUGGUGCCUGCAAGAUGGUCGCGGAGCACCUCGAGAAUACGAAUGCGACUGUAACGCAUUCUCGAUAG